AUGCACCGCUCCUCUAACGGCUCCUUCUCCGGCUCCUUCUCCGUUUCCCCCGGCGAGUCGCCCGCGGCCGACCGGACUCGACCUGCGGACCGGACCUGGGACUUCUCCCUCUCGGAGAGAACUUCCCUGUCCCUCUUCCUGGUGUUUCUGGGCUGUGCCCUUGUUUCUCUGACGGCCAACGGACUGCUCUUCUUCCUGACGGCGAGGUACAAGCAGCUCCUCUGGCAGCCUCAGUACAUCCUGCUGAGCAACAUGUCCGCCUGUGGUUUGGGGACGACCUUCCUCACCACGUGUGCCGUGCUGUGGUCCGUGGUGCGUGAGCAGACUCAGGGGUUCGGAUGCUGGUGCGUCGUUCAGUUCUGUGUCCUGCGUUGUUUCUUCCUGACGUCCCAGAUGUCUCUCGCCCUCAUGGCCGUGGAACGCUACAUAUUCAUCUGCCACGGCAUCCACUACCUCCGGCUGAUCAACGCCAGCAGCGUGCACCUGGGGUUGGGACUCCUCUGGCUGCUCGGCUUGGCGGCGAGCGUUCACGGCGGCUUGGUGCUGAACCAGAUCGAGCUCCGCCUCCAGCAGCAAAGCAGCGGGUUCAUGUGCGACGCCAGCGCCAUCAGGGAACUCCUCCCUUUUACCGUGGAAGAGAACCUGCACCUGUACGCGCCCGUGUGUGUCAUCACAACUUCCUGCAUCCUGACCAUCUGCUGCUGCUACGGCUGCAUGUACCGGGCGGCGCUGAGGGCGAGCGCGGCGCUGAAGUGCAAUAACCACCGAGCCAACUGCACCGUGGGACUCUACCUCCUCAUGUUCCUGCUGCAGAUGCUGCCCAGCGUGUUUUUCGUCAACCUCAUAGUGAUGAGGAAAACCAGGCCGCCCACCUGGUGGAUCCUCACGCCCUUACUGACGCCGCUGAUCUUCACCACGUCCCCGUGCAUCACCGCGGCGUUCCUCCUCAUCCGCAACCCGCAGAUCAAGCAGCUGCUCUUUACCUUGUGCCGUCAGAGGUGUGCGUGGACGGUGGUCUCGGAGGUGGAGGUUCUCCAGCAGAGCACGGUGGUCUCGGAGGUGGAGGUUCUCCAGCAGAACACGAGUCAGGACGAAGAGGAACAGCACGGACAGAGCGAGAGCUUCACACAUCCGGUUUCACCUCCACCGUUACCAGGAAUCGCUCAGAGGACCUGA